GACUUAGGCGUCCCGGGGGUGGGGUCAGAUCUGGGCCCGCCUCCACCAGCGCCUGGGAGCCCCGGAGUGCGUGGCCCCCCGGUUUAUUUGGGGGGCUUCAGGUGCCGCCCAAGAGACCCUGGGCCCGUGCUGGGCGCAGCUGCCUCUUCACCUCUGCCUGUCCGUCUUUGUUUCUGGGUCUGUCUGGCUGUUCCCGAGCUUGUCCCCCCCACUCCAGAACUAAGCCUCCCCUACGCCAAAAGCCCAAGACUCCCCUCCCCUUUCCCAUGGCAGGCUACUUACCCCCCAAAGGCUAUGCCCCUUCGCCCCCACCUCCGUACCCCGUGCCAGCUGGGUAUCCAGAGCCAGCGGCGCUACAUCCUGGACCGGGACAGGCUCCAGUGCCCCCCCAGGUGCCUGCCCCGGCUCCCGGCUUCGCUCUCUUCCCCUCGCCGGGCCCGGUGGCUCCAGGGCCUCCUGCUCCCUUCGUGCCAUUGCCAGGGGUGCCUUCUGGCCUCGAAUUCCUAGUGCAGAUUGAUCAAAUCUUGAUUCAUCAGAAGGCUGAACGAGUGGAAACGUUCCUAGGCUGGGAGACCUGUAAUAGGUAUGAACUUCGCUCUGGAACCGGACAGCAACUGGGUCAGGCAGCUGAAGAGAGCAACUGUUGUGCCCGCCUGUGCUGUGGUGCCCGCCGACCACUUCGUAUCCGCCUUGCGGACCCUGGGGACCGCGAGGUGCUCCGCCUCCUCCGCCCACUUCACUGUGGUUGCAGCUGCUGUCCCUGUGGUCUUCAGGAGAUGGAAGUCCAGGCACCACCUGGCACCACCAUUGGCCAUGUGUUACAGACCUGGCAUCCCUGCCUUCCUAAGUUUUCCAUCCUGGAUGCUGAUCGCCAACCUGUUCUACGAGUUGUAGGGCCUUGCUGGACUUGCGGCUGUGGUACAGACACCAACUUUGAGGUGAAGACUAAGGAUGAAUCCAGAAGUGUGGGCCGCAUCAGCAAGCAGUGGGGAGGGCUGCUCCGAGAAGCCCUCACAGAUGCCGAUGACUUUGGCCUCCAGUUCCCAGUAGAUCUAGAUGUGAGAGUGAAGGCAGUGCUGCUGGGAGCCACGUUCCUCAUCGAUUAUAUGUUCUUCGAGAAGCGAGGAGGCACAGGACCCUCGGCCAUCACCAGUUAGAAGCCACCUCAGGAUGAGAAGACCAUCCCCUCAACUAGAACUUAAGAUGGUCACCUGCCCUGGACUUACCCUCCUGAAGCAGCCCUUUCCUUGGCAUACACUGCAGCGAACCUGCAGGGUGGCUGAGUGGUUGGGAGCCAUUGUGUCCCAUCCCUUCCCUCCUUUACCUGUGACCCUGCAGAGGAGCAUGUGUGAGACCAUCCUUGUGUUUACCAUCUCCGAGCAGUCCCUGUGCACACAUUAGCUUUUAAACUUCCGUGCCCUCUCCUUCCAGCCUUCCUCCAGGGUCUCUGCACAGGAGGGGGCAUCUGGAAUCCAGGACUCUGGUUAUACCCCAGGGCUUGUGGGUAAAAGGCAAGCGGCACCAAAGAUGGCAGACACCCCCUCCCUUUAUAGCACUUUAGCCAAUUAGUUUAGCUUCAGACUGUGGGCACUCUGAGGGGAUCCCUGCCUCCUUGCUAAUAGCUGUAGAGGUUGGGACCCAGUGCCAACUCCCUCACCCCCUGGGCCCUGCUGGUGCUUUCUGCAGCUUCCUGUGCCUUAUUUAACCGUUAACCCCUUCCUUCCCCUACUGUAGGAAGGAGGUCGUGUCUUUGUAUAUUGUACUCAUAUAAACUUUGCAACUUUUUAAACAGUAGAAGGCGAUGUGACGGGAGAGGGUAGAUACAGGAUAACACAAAGGGAGUGGCGUCUGCUGGGCUAGAGUCAGCCAGCCUAUAUAAUCUAUACUAUUUGGAUUAAAGAAAAAAAAAGUC